AUGCGUAUAUGCAUGCCAGUCUUUGUGCAUUCUCUAUCGUAUCUGUACUAUGUCCUUGGUUCCCCAAGGUGCUCCCCGCCGUCUCUGCCGGCACUGGGAAUUGUCUUGGCCAUUCCGAUUCCAUCCAACGCCAUGAACCCAUCUCCCCAACCCGUUGAUGUAUGUCUUGAAUACGGGAGAAGAGAAGUAAAAAUGAAAGACCGUUUCGAUGAUACCUUUCUGCCGGACCCUGUCCUCAGGUCCUCCUGA